UUUUAUAGCACUUAAAUGUUUUUCUGAAUCUUUAGAACAGAACGAAAUGCUUUUUCAAGGCCACUUCCUUGGAAGUUCACUCAUAGCAAGUAUGAGGGUGAGAUGACGUCAUUCGUACCGCAAAUUUCCAUUUUAAAGAAGAUCUCGAUCUAGAAAAGGCUGACCAUACCGCAAUCAAUACUGCUAAAUUCUGUCAUGUCUUCGUUAAUAGAAAGUAAGGGUUUUAAGGAAAACGCUAUUGGUCACGACCAAGUAUGCGGAACAGAUAGAGAGGAUGAGACUUUGAAUAAAGAAGGCAAUGAAUCUGAUGAGGCUACGGAUAAUGAUGGAGAAAUGCAACUAGAGACAGAGAAUAAUAGUAUGAAGGGAGAAAACGUUCAUUGUGAUAUGAAAGCAUUAGGUUCAUCUGAACUCAGUCAUGACGCUGAUACACUGUGCAUUAACAGCAAGAUUUCCGAUGAUUGGAUUAACAAGACAUUGCAAAGGAAAGCCUUGUGUCUUAUUUGUGGCCCACCUAAAGGCACUGUAAAGACUGAAUACACAAAACUUUCUUCUUGUCCUGAUGUUGAAAAAGAAAUUCGUGAACUGUUAAAAAUACUCUCUCCUCCUCGUGAAUCAGAUGCUUGUUGUAGUAGAUGUCUGAGUUUAAUGAAAACUUUUAUGACCCUUAAGAAAGAUUUUCUGGAAAUGAAGUGGAAAAUAACUGCACUUCACAUCGAUGCACAUGUAGAGCUACCUGACAAACAUGGCUAUGAGGAAUCAGAUGAAGAUAAUAAUGAAAUGAGUGAUACAGAAAAUGAGUCUUGCAAUACCAACAGCCAAGAACAAAACAGUGAGGUGUUAGUCAAACAUGAAAUAAUUGAAAUUGGUUUUGGUGAAGAAAACGUUCAGAAUGAAGUAGGGAAAAGCAUUAAAAAGCAUGAAAGCAAUGAUAAGAAAACCCCUUACUUGAAACCAAAAGUAUACCACUGCUCUUAUUGUGAAAGAACAUUCAACAGGGCAAAUACACAUGCUUUGCAUGAAAGAUCUCACACCGGUGAAACAAAUUUUAAAUGUGAGCACUGUGAAAUGUCAUUUAGUAAGACAACUGAUCUGAGGGAGCAUGGUAGAGUUCAUGAACUGAAAUGCUCAUAUUGUGGAAAAUCUUGUUGGGGGCCCAGAGCUCUGAACAGACAUGAGGAAACGCACAUUGCUAAGCUGCACCAGGGCCCAAAAGUAUACAAGUGCUCCCACUGUGAUAAAAUACUGACUAGGAAAAGUGCACUUGUUUUGCAUGAAAUGAUCCACACUGGUGAUCGACUCAAAUGUAAACACUGUGAAAAAUCUUUUACAAAAAAGGAUGAUCUUUUGGAGCAUGAAAAAAUCCAUGAACUGAAAUGCUCUCAUUGUGGUAAAUCUUGUUGGGGAACAAGAGCCCUUUAUAAGCAUGAGAAAAUUCAUGCUGAGGAAAAAAUGGACAACAGUACAGAAAUAAUUAAGUGCUCAUAUUGUGAUAAAACAUUUACUAAAAAGAGUGCACUUGUAUUACAUGAAAUGAUUCACACUGAUGAUAGACUCAAAUGUAAACAAUGUGAAAAAUCCUUUACAAGAAAGGAAGCGUUAUUGGACCAUGAAAAAAUUCAUGAAUUGAAAUGUUCUUACUGUGGUAAAUCUUGUAGGGGAACGAGGGCUCUUAUCAAGCACGAAAGGAUUCACUCUGUUGGAAAACGCCAGAUGGAAACGAAAGUGUACGAGUGCUCUCAUUGUGAUGAAAAAUUUCGCAGGGAAAGUGAAUUUUUCUUGCAUGAAAUAAGUCACACUGCUGACAAAUUGAAAUGUAAACACUGUGAGGAAAUUUUUAGUAAGAAAAGUGAGCUACUGGAGCAUGAUAAAAUCCAUGAACUGAAAUGCUGUCAGUGUGGAAAGUCUUUUUGGGGAACACGGGCUCUUGACAAGCAUGAGAGGGUUCACACUGGUGAUAAACCAUACACCACUGCAAAAAAGAUAAAGUGCUCAUACUGUGAUGAUAGUUUCACAAAAAGUGAACUUGUUUUGCAUGAAAAAACUCACACUGCUGAUGGAUACAAAUGCCUUCAGUGUGAAAAGAUAUUCGUCAAAAGAGAGGAUCUAGUGAAACAUGAAAAAUUACAUGAAUUCAAAUGUUCACACUGUGGUAAAUCAUGCUGGGGGAUGAAAGAUCUUGCAAAGCAUGAGAAAAUUCACACUUUGGAGAAACCAUACAAUUGCAAAAUAUGUGAAAAAGCAUUUGCCUAUAGGAGAACUUUGGAAAGGCAUGAAAUCACACACUCUGGAGAUAAACCAUUUUUAUGUCAGUACUGUACCAAAAGCUUUGCCCAGAGUUCAACUUUAAAAUCACAUGAAAGGACCCAACACACUGGAGAGAGGCCACACAAAUGUCAGUACUGUGAUAGAGGGUUUCCAACCAGAUUAGCAUGUGAAGAACAUGAACGCUUUCACACUGGCGAGAAACCAUUUGGUUGUGAUUUAUGUGACAAAAGAUUCAUAAGAAGAUCUAACUGGAGAGAUCAUAUAAAGACUCACCUUGCAAUUAAACCACAAGUUUGCUCUUUCUGUGGCAAAAGAUUUCGGGACAAAAGCACGUGUGUUAUACAUGAAAGAACUCACACUGGAGAGAGGCCAUUCAGAUGUAAAUACUGUGACAAAACAUUCAUAAGAAAAUCUAAUUGCAAUGAACACGAAAAAAGUCACACUGGAAGAAAAGUAUUCAAAGAUCGAUUUAAUUGUAAAAAAGUGAGGGGUCUAGAUAAAAGGGAGAAAAAUCAGCAAAAAGAGGAUGGCAUCAAUGAUGAGAACUCUGAUGAUUUGAUUUUGAGUCAGCAGUUGGACAGUUCAUUCAUCAGUCAACAGUUUGAUAGCACACAUAGACCCCAGCACAGUGAGAGUACAUUCAGACCUCAGCACACUGACAGUACAUUUAGAUCUCAGCACAUGGAAACCUCAUUUAGGGGUCCACACUCCAGUAAUGUGUUCCCUACUCCAGAGGGUGUUUAUCAUGGAGAUAACCCAAAUCCUUAUAUGUACAUGCCAGGGAUGUGAUGUAUGUACUAGAUAGAAGUAGUGCUGUGAAAAUAUGCCUGGGGAAUCUUGUGCAGAAGAUUUAUUUAAAAGACUCUCCUUCCCCCCGCCCCUUCCCACUGUAACAGUCUUAUUAAUGUACUGUAAAGAUUAUAUUUACAAAUCCAGUCCUUAAGAUGACAAAACCCUUUAAAUAAAACUUAAUCUGAUGUGUAUCUUGUGUUGUCAUUUCUUAUUUAAUGCAGAGUCGGGUG